AUGGCUCCUGUAGAUCUCCCAGCCUCCCUUCCUCUGUGUGUGUGUCUGCUGCUGGCCUCUGGCUUUGCUCAGGCAGGCAAGCUGUUGGUGGUGCCCAUGGAUGGGAGCCACUGGUUCACCAUGCAGAUGGUUGUGGAGAAACUCAUCCACAAAGGACAUGAGGUGGUGGCAGUUGUGCCAGAGGUGAGUUGGCAACUGGGAAAAUCCCUGAAUUUGACAGUGAAGACAUACUCCACUUCUCACACUCUGGAAGAUAUGAACCAUGAGUUCAUGUAUUUUUCUGACACACAAUGGAAAAAUCCAGAACAAAGUAUGAUUUCUUUACUGACAGGCUCAGCCAAACCUUUCUUUGAAUUAUUAUUUUCACAUUGUAGAGAUUUUUUUAAUGACAAGAAGUUAGUGGAGUACUUGAAGCAGAGUUCUUUUGAUGCUGUGUUCCUCGAUCCUUUUGAUGUGUGCGGCUUAACUGUAGCCAAGUAUUUGUCGGUCCCUUCGGUGAUCAUCGCAAGAGGUAUAUUUUGUCACUAUCUCGAAGAAGGUGCCCAGUGCCCCAGUCCACUGUCUUAUGUUCCCAGAAUUCUCUUGAAACUCACAGACACCAUGACUUUCAAGGAGAGAGUGUGGAACUACCUCUCAUACAUGGAGGAGCGUGCAUUUUGCCCCCAGUUUUUCAAAACUGCUACAGACAUUGCCUCUGAAGUUCUGCAGAACCCGGUGACUAUGGAUGACCUCGUCAGCCAAGUGUCCAUUUGGUUGUUACGCACAGACUUUGUGUUAGAUUUCCCCAGACCUGUGAUGCCCAACAUGGUCUUCAUUGGUGGGAUCAACUGCCAACAAAGAAAGCCGAUUUCCAAGGUACGUUAUUUGUUGUUUAGCACAUGA